AUGAUAAAAGCUGGUGGAAAUGUGAAUGUUCAGGAUUAUGCUGGCUGGACUGCACUACAUAGAGCAAGUGUGGAAGGCUUUUAUGGGAUAGCAAAUGAGCUUUUGAAAGCAGGAGCGGAUGUUAAUGCUAGAGGAAAGGAACAAAUAACGCCACUGCAAGAUGCAGUUAAAGAAUCCCAUUAUGAGAUGGCAGAGUUAUUGCUUUGGUAUGGGGCGGAUCCCUUAUUAAAAAAUGAGAUGGGAAGGUGCGCAUUAGAAGAAGCUUCUGACCCAUCUGUGAGGAAACUGCUUAAAAGCUAUGUGGCAAAAUCCAGAAGAGAUUCAGUAUCAGGUGGAGGUGAUUCAAAGAAUAUGUUAAAAACUCUAAGUGUUGAGGAUACAAACCUGCACCAGUUUUCCUUACAGACAAAUGAGUCAGAAGUAGCAUGUGCAAAUCUUAUGGAUUCAGACAACAGGGACACAUUGCAACAAACUAUUCUAAAUGAAGUGCAAAACAUUUAUACUAAUACAUCUGAAGAUGGAACCGGCUGCACUGAACAGACACUUCAAGCAAAUGCAGAAACAGUGUUAGCAUAUGAGUUUUCAGCAGCUACUAAUGGGGAAGGUGUUUCUGGAAGUCCUUAUAAUUCUACCAGUGGUGUACUAAACACCAUUGAACAAAAGGUUCCACAGCCACAGAAAGGAGGGAGGAUCCUGCUUAAUGCUGCAGAAGGUGUCGAAGGAUGUCACAUUGAAACUGAAAAUGCUAAUAGUUUGGAGGUCGAGCCUAUGGCCUUUCAGCUCCAAGAAAAGGACAUGCUUCAAAUUAGGCAAGAGAGAGAGGAUCUUCAGGAGACCAACUCAAAAGCAGAUUUGCAUUUUGGUAUUACUGCAGACAGCAAGUCUCCUUAUUCAUUUCAGAUUGCGGAAAAUAUGCAGAAAGAAACCGUCCAGAAAGCAGAAUCAUGCCUAUCUACCAGAAAAGGAGCUGUAAUUUUACACAAUACCUGUAAUACAAGAGCUGGGAGAAAGACAAAAGUGAAGAGAAAUGCAAAAGGAGAAACUCAGCUUCAUAUUGCUGCUAAGAGGGGAGAUUUAUCUUUGGUGAAAACUCUAAUAUCAUCUGGAAUUUGUGUCAAUGAACAGGACAAUGCAGGUUGGACAGCAAUUCAUGAAGCUUCCAAUAGGGGAUUUACUGAAGUGAUCUCAGAAUUACUGAAAGCUGGUGCUAAUGUUAACAGCAGAAGUCUGGAUGGUAUUUUGCCAAUACAUGAUGCUGUUUCUGGCAAUUAUUUGGAGGCAGUCAGGAUUCUACUACAGCACGGAGCAAAUCCCUGUGAGAGGAAUGGUUCAGGGAAAAGUGCUUUGGAUGAAGCUUCUGAUGAUGAAAUGAAAGAACUGCUGAAAUCUUACGGUGCUAUGGACUCUCUACUUCCUGUUGAGACUGUUGAAGUUACAGGUAAUGUAAAUCAUAGGAUUACCCUGUAG